AGAAAGGUUCCUCUUUAAUAUCUAUGGAUAUAAAGGACGCACUCUUUUACAGGUUUUACGGUAGAAUCCUCGUAAGACCGGAAGUCUAAUGACAGCUUCCUUAGCAACAAGGAGAAGCUCUUUAACGUGUGUAUUUACGUCAGCGUGUUUUCAGCGGGAGCGAGAUGUAUUCAUGGAAAACUGGAUUGCUUAUUUUCCUUUUAACGCCGUAUUUUUUAUUAUUAUAAGAACUCGCGGUGUGAUCGACGUGGCAGGAAUAAUUUCAGCUAAGCUAACGUUAGCUUGCCGGACUCACACCUAACGAUUAACUAACGCUAGCUGCUAUGUUUCUUUGAGGAAAUGAAUUUCCGCCCGUGGUUUUGUUCCUUUCAGUUAUGCUUCUUCUCGUGUGGACGUUUAGUUCACACGGCCACGGGUUCAGGGGUCACUUCCACCGUCACCCCGAGCUCUGCUGGGGGGCCUUUCAUCUCAGCGACCCCUGCUCCGGGGGCCCCGGCGGCUGUGGACGUCACCAGUGUCCGCCCUACUGAGGCGUCCACCCUGGACUCCACCCUGAGCUCCAUAGCAACCACGCCCGUGACUGCGUCCGAUGCCCCCACCGUGGCAUCCUCUGCAACCACCGCCCUGCCUCUGGUGACGUCAGAGGGUUGCCUCUGUGAUUUAACGCCGGAUUUCUGUGACAUCGGUUGCUGCUGCGACACACGGGAUUGUGGGAUUGCGAAUUUGAGUACGGUCUUCACUGGAUGUCCACACAAAGCCACACUGGGAGUUUGCGUGGAGAAAUGGCUGAUGUUCACGGCGAAUGUGGAUUCGUCUCUCAUCACCGUGACUGACUCCUUGUUUUGUGUCAGGCCCACAGAUAAUGCAGCCCAGGCCCUCCGAGUACCACCACAGUAUCUGGCUCUAGGGGACUCGUACCACUUCUCACCACCAGCGCCUACGAGCAGCAGCCACAGCAGAGGCUUCUACAGGGUCGACGACGUCAUCCAGACAUACUUCUCCGACUCCACCGUGCGGGGUCUCCUCCGUCAGCCGUCCCCGGGGGCUGCCGCGGCCUUCUGCACCAACGGCAACCCCGCAAAGUUCCUGAGGUCCGGCUCGCUGUCUUGUACCCGCAUGUUGACUCCUCAGUCGUGCACUACGGAUCCAAACCUCAACGCCCGCUCCUACUUCUCCGGCAUGAGCCUGAUGAAGACUCCGAUAGUGGAGACGGAACCGGUGUCAGACUUCCUGAUCCCAGUGUCUCCGUCGUCUGACUGGCCAGCACCAACUGAACAAAACAACUUGUGUGUCAAUGUGGUUAAAAAUGUGGAGUUUGUCAUCAGAUACACAGAAAGGGGGGAUCUCACUCAUGUAACAGUGGACGUGGUCUUGGCUGAUGUGGAUCCAAAUCAGUUGCUGCUCCAGACCCACUCGGUUCAGUUUCAGCUGGCAGAACCGGACCCACCUUCGGGAGAUCCAAUCCCCGCCGUUGGAAUCCAUGUGGGAUCCCCCGUGAUCGGUCGCUUUGAUGGAGCACCGCGGCCCCUGAGCGCCCUGGGGGUGUCGCAGGGCGGGGGGUGUUCCCCGGAGCCCGGCGGGCGAGCACCCAUCCUCUUCGCACACAACGCCGUGGCCGGCUGCACAUUCAGUUCUGCAUCCGCGGACUGCUCGGCGCUGCGGUCCCAGAUCUACGGAGCGCUGCAGGGCCUCGCUGCUCCCGACGUCGUCGCCAUGAACUUCGGGUCCCAGCCGGACUGGACGAGAGUCCUGAGACAGGAGUGCCCCGUCAGCCUGCAGGAAACGUGUGAAUCCGGCUGCAUCCUUCCUAAAUCUCUUUCUAUCCGAGUACUGUGGGCCCGCCAGGGUCUCUUAGACCUUCCACAGAACUACAUCCUGGGGGCCAAAUACCUAUUCCGGUGUCAAAAUUUCAAGUGUCCUAUGUCGUCCCCUAUUCCCCUCACCACUGAGGUGACGUUUGCCGACAUCACCCUCUACCCAGAACCCCCCAGGGGCUCGCCUCAGCCGGACUGGAAGUUUCCGUUUGGUUUCUUCACCAGAGGCUGGGCCGAGCUGGACGGGCACGUUGUCGUUAGCGGCGGGGUCACUCAGAAGGUCACGUGGACUUUAAAGCUGCUCACUGUAAUGUCACUAACAGGAUUAGAAUUCUUUACUAGUUAGUCACAUGAGACAUGUUCUUUUUUUUGAGGAUUAGUUGUAUAUGUCAUUUUUAUUUUGUUAUGGUUGUUUUUUUUACGACAUGAAGAGAUAUUUUUCCCAAGUAAAAAAAAACAAA